UUCCGCUUGUUUUUCUAACGACGUCGUAGAUUUUACGAUUAGAUUCGCCAUAAAGUUUUCAGUUCCCGGCUAAAGUUUAUCUUAUCUCAGUGCGUACACCAUGAAACCGCUGACGAUUCAAUUGCUGUGCAGUGAUUUUCGAUAUGUGAUGACAAAAAGGUUCCGCAGGAUGAAGUUCGAGCCCAAUGAGAAUGUUCUGAGGGUGACUCUGUUCGUGUUCAGCAUUUGUUUUGGGAUCCUAAGCGUGUCUUUGAUAGCCCUAGGAGUGGUCCAUAUGGGAGAACUUAGAUGGCCUAGGCCGUACAUUGGAUUGGAGCUUCUGGAACUGCCGACGCUUGUUAUCAUACUUGGAUCAAUCAGCCUAGUUUUGGCGUUUGUAGGAUGCAUCUGUACCAAAAGCUACAACAGAACGUUAUACUUUAUAUUUGGUUUGGUCCUUUGCGUCGUUUUAUGCCUAGAACUGAUCAUCGCCAUCAUCGCUUUCCGAAAUAAUGGAGAGCCGAGACGGUCCAGGACACAAUUACUUAUGGAGGAACACCUGAAACUUAACGGUUCCGAGUAUUACUUCAGUGAGGUAGAAGAACAUCUUCAAUGCUGUGGCAUCACAAACCUUGAAGAAACAUGUAAAGGCAGCAAACGCAUGGGUUGUGCAGAUGCAGUAAACAGACUUUUGGAUGACUUGUCCAUGACAGUUGGAUAUUCUACAGCCGUAUUUUGUUGUUUACAGGUGAUCCAUAUUAUAUGCGUAUUCACCAUCUGCUUCGCAACAAAAAUGUAGCCACAGAGAAAAAUAUUACUAUUUUCAUCGAAUAACAGUUUGUACCCUGUUUAUUAUUAAAUCAUAUUCUUGUUGUC